GGCCAUUCAUUUUUGAUUUGAAUGCAUGGGCAAGUCCAUUCCAUUUGCUCGCACAAGUCGAUAAGCUAACUCGGCGUGGCUGCGGUGCUCUGUCGUGCGUCGUGAGACAGCAGGAAAUAUGCACGGAGGUCGUCUUCACACGCAUACGACAAAGCAAAACCGCCUCACAUCACCGGUCAUUGUGAUGACACCCGACAUGACCGACCGACACCCCUCUCCAUUCCAUCGCAUGCACACGAGCAAAAUCGCAACGGGGUCAAGUCAGUGGGAAAAACUCAGCCGCCUCAACGUUAAGACACACACGCAUCUCACCCCACACUCAUAUCAGUCAGUAUCGUACACAUACAACAAUCAGAAUACUCACAAUCAAUCGACCGAGAGGAGGAAGUGAAAAAUUCGCAUCGCUCCCUCCCUCUCUCUCCGUCUUGCCUGUCUCAGUAUCCGGCGGCCUUGUCGAUGGGCGUCAGCAUCUCCUUCUCGCCCGCCAGGAAUCGGUCCAGGUUGCCCUCCAUGACGUGCAGGGCACACUCGCUGUAGUCGGGCGUCCAGUCGGCGUUGUGGGCCGUGAUGAGCACGUUGUCCAGCCCCCACAGCCCGGAGCUCUCCGGCAGCGGCUCCACGUGGAACACGUCAAGCGCCGCGCCCCUGAUGGCGCCGCGCUUCAGCACGUCGAUCAAUGCGUCCUCGUCAACCACUGUGCCACGACCUGCACCCAUCCAUCCAUCCAUCCAUCCACAACACGUACAGGAUGGCCGUGCGUGUGUCUGUGUCUGUGUCUGUGUCUGUGUCUAUGUCUGUGUCUGGGUGUGCUCUGACCGAUUGAGAUGAAGACGGCAGUUGGCUUCAUGGCGGCGAACUCCUUGGCGCCACAGAAGUUGAAUGUGUCUGGCGUCCCGGGCAGCGAGCACACGACAUAGUCCGAACGACGGAACACCUGCACAGAACGCACAUCACAUGCACACAGUCAUGAACGAAAGCGUGAAUCGAUUGCAUAUGUGUCCAAUCCAUCUGUGUAUGUGCAGUCUGGCUGACCUCCAUCUUUUCCUCCUCGAUUUCUGGCGAGAAGACCUCGUCGGCCAAAUCGUCAGCGCCCUUGUUCUUGGAGCGCCUGAGUGCCAGUAUCCUCAUGCCGAAGGCGUGUUUGGCGAUCUUGGCGGUGGCCUUGCCGAUGUCACCGAAGCCCACGAAGCCCAUGCUCUUGCCGUGCAGCUCGUGCAUGAUGAACUUGUCCCAGUGCCGCGACUUGGUGUUGGCCAUGAUCCGCGGCACCUGCUUCUCGAAAUGCAGCGCCGCAGCCAUCGAGUACUCGGCCAGCGACCGGCUGAAGGCCCCCUUGGCGUUGGUCACGGGGAUGUCGGGCCGGUUCAGCAAAAACUGCUUGAUGAAGGGAUGCAGGGGCUCCAGGCCGGCGAACCACGAGUGCACCCACCGCACCUUGGGCAGCAGCGGCCACAGAUCAGGGAGGAUCUUGGCAUCACCUGGCGGCACCCACACGAGCGCCUCGGCCUCGCUCAGAUUGGGGUAGGCGGUGAACUCGGCGAGCGUGUUCCCGAGCAGGAUGUCGGCCUUGCUCUCAAGGGUGCGGACGAGGGGGAGGGCGGCUGCCGAGGGAUUCUUGUCCUUGUCGGCCAACACAGCUAUGACGAUCUUCUGGGAUGAGGGACGUCCAUUCAUUGUUGUCGUCUGGGGAGGAGGCUGCGGGGAAAGGAAAUUGAAUGAGAG